AAAUCUUUUUUUUUUUUACAGACGACACUACUACCGGAACAAAAAGGAUAAACACAAAGCUUAUCAUAAUCGGCGAUAUAUUUUCCAAAUGCAUAAUUUUAGGUACCUAUAUUUUUUUUGUGUGUGUUACAAAGAAUUUAUAUUUUUGUGUUAGAACUGCCUAUAAAUAUUAUGUCUUUUCUUGCAUUACAUGUAUAAAUAUUUUUAAUAAAUAAAUAAAUAUAAUUGCACAUAGAAGUGUACCUAGUGAAAACUGAAUCUUAUAUUAUUAUAUUUAUUUUAAAAUUUUAUCGGGUACAAUACACAUGCUUCAUGGUUUGUGGAUAAUGCUCUGUGCAUUUUGAAAAAAAGGGCACAAAACCAUAGAUUCCAAAAAAGGAAAUAAUACUAAGAUGACCACGUGUCAUGUACCCAUUUGGUAAGAUUCCUCGAUCUCGCUUCAAACAUCAUUGACCAUUAAAAAAAUUCUCCCGUCUCAUGAUUCGACCACGUGUCAAUGAAUACCGUUAGCUGUUUUUCUCGAAACCGCUCCGGUUUCCGGAAUCACGCUCCUUCCUUUUUUUUCCUUAAAUGGCCACACACACACCUCUCCGAAGAUUUGAAUCUUCUGCGACCAAAUACGUCGCGUAUGUGAGCUGCAAAAAUCAGAAAUCCUCACCAUUUUUCUCUAUCGCAAUCUCAGAUCGGAAAUGGGAAGGGGAAAGAUAGUGAUCCGGAGGAUCGAUGACACGACGAGUCGUCAAGUGACGUUCUCGAAGAGAAGGAACGGAUUGCUGAAAAAGGCGAAGGAGCUCGCAAUCCUCUGCGACGCAGAGGUCGGUGUCAUCAUCUUCUCCAGCACAGGCAAGCUUUACGAUUUCUCCAACUCGAGCAUGAAGUCCACAAUUGAUCGGUACAACAAGACAAAGGAGGAAAAUAAUCAAAUGAGUGACCCAGCAUCUGAAGUCAAGUUCUGGCAAAGGGAGGUGGUGGCAUUAAGGCAACAACUGGACAGCUUGCAAGAAAAUCACAGGCAAAUGAUGGGACAAGAGCUUUCUGGACUAGGUGCAAAGGGAUUACAGAAUUUGGAGAACCAGCUUGAAAUGAGUCUUAGAGGGGUUCGAAUGAGAAAGGACCAGAGGAUGAUUGAUGAGAUACAAGAAUUGAAAAGAAAGGGAACUUUCAUUCACGAGGAGAACGUGGAACUCUAUAAAAAGGUAAACGGAAGUCAUCAAGAAAAAAAAGGAAGCUAGUUUUAAUAUUUUUGCUGCAGCAGAAGAGUUUUUCUGAUCAAUUGUAUUAGCAAGUAUGGUUUACUAGGUAUCCAUCAUGUGAACUAAUAUAUGCAUGACAUGUCAAAGAGAUCCCUAAAGCAAGUAAUCUUCAACACCAGGUACACGAAGAAAGGGCCAAAAAUGGUACAAACAUGGAUUCCCUUCUCACAAAUGGCCUAGAUAUAGGAGAUGCAUCAA